UCAUUUAGGCUUGAAAAGAACCUUCUGUCGAAAUCCUUCUAUUAAAAUCCCAGUUCCAGUGUGGCAGAGCAUUAUGUUAAAGGGGUCUGCUGUUCCAGCCAGAUACAUGGAAACAACAGCCUUUUGCAAAGGAAAAGUGGUGCAUUUGAGAGCCAUCUCUUUUUUCUGGGAGCCUGCAGUUCAAAACCAGCCUCCAGCAACUAACUUAACGGUCCACAAGUGACUUCUUGCCAAGCCCUUCGGCAGAACCGAUGUCUAUAAUAGUGCAUUUAGUUCUCUCUCUUUCUUCGACCAAUUUCAGCAACCUCUCCUUCCAGCAAUUUCUGCAGGCAAAAAAUUCCUUCUGCAAUCCCAGGGCGGAUUUAGGGGAGGGUUCAGUCACACUGGGCACGAAGCCUUGGGGUGCAGCAACUAUUACUUUGAAUGCAGCAAGCAAGGUGGGGUGAGGUGGUGGGGAACCCCAAAUUUUGGUGUCGCACAAGGCACCCCUGAAACUCGAGAUCAGAAGGUCUGCCCCUGCUGCAAAUCUCCUUUUGGUUUUAAGAACAGGCCUCUGUUGUCUUGUACUCCAGUUCCCAGGAUUCUUGCAGCCUUGCCAGCGUUAGUUUUGCCCUUCUCCUAUCCUGGUGAUAAAAAACAACAACUUGAAGGAAACUCCUAUCACAUGACUAGACUUCUGGAAGGUUCACUUCAACGCAGCCACUUUAGGAGGCGACAUCUCAGAGCCCAGGGCUGAGACAAGGCCUUGGCUGAGGAGCUAGGCCUAAGCAAGCUGAACCAAGAAAAUCAUUUGAACUACUUUCCCCCCCAGAAGUAUAAGUCUGAGACGAGAAUGAGAGCAUCCUAUCCACCAGUCAAUAAAGAAGAAACAAGGAGUCAGAGUUCCCGACCCUUAUCCUUGUCUGGUCAUGUUGGCUUUGAUAGUUUACCAGAUCAGUUGGUUAAUAAAUAUAUCCAACAGGGGUUCUGCUUCAACAUUCUCUGCAUUGGGGAGACUGGAAUUGGGAAAUCAACUUUGAUUCAUAGUUUGUUUAAUAACAGUUUUGAUUACCGUGUGUCAACACACUUUCAGCCAAAUGUACGACUUAAAGCUGAGACGUAUGAGCUCCGGGAAAGCAAUGUUCGAUUGAAAUUGACCAUAAUAGAGACAGUUGGAUUUGGUGAUCAGAUAAACAAAGAAGAUAGCUAUCAGCCAAUAGUGGAUUAUGUAGAUGCACAGUUUGAAGCCUACCUCCAGGAAGAGCUGAAAAUUAAUCGUUCCUUGUAUAAUUACCGUGAUACUCGUAUCCAUGUGUGCCUCUACUUUAUUUCACCCACAGGGCAUUCCCUGAAAACUCUUGAUUUAGUAACCAUGAAAAAUCUUUCUAGGAAGGUGAACAUUAUUCCCCUUAUAGCCAAAGCUGAUACAAUUUCUAAAACUGAACUACAGCAGUUUAAGGUCAACAUCAUGAGUGAACUGGUCAGUAGUAGACUCCAGAUAUAUCAGUUUCCAACAGAUGAUGAGAGCAUUGCUAACAUUAAUGCUAACAUGAAUGCACACUUGCCAUUUGCAGUAGUGGGGAGUUUGGAAGAGGUAAAAGUUGGAGACAAAACAGUAAAAGCUCGCCAGUAUCCUUGGGGCGUAGUGGAAGUGGAGAAUGAGAACCACUGUGAUUUUGUGAAGCUCCGGGAAAUGAUGAUUUGUACAAAUAUGGAAGACUUGAUAGAACAAACUUGUUCUGUUCAUUAUGAACUGUACCGGCAGUAUAAACUGGAAGAGAUGGGCUUCCGAGACACUGAUCAAAUCAAGAUUCCAGAUUCCAAAAAGACAACUCAUAGAGAAAGUCUGCAGGAGACUUAUGAAGCUAAGCGGCUUGAAUUCCUUAACAGUUUACGGCAAAAAGAAGAAGAGAUGAGGCAAAGGUUUGUUCGGAGGGUCAAAGAGAAAGAAGUACAGUUGAAAGAAGCUGAGCGAGAACUACAGCUGGAGUUUGAACAUUUAAAACAGCUUGAUCAAGAAGAGAGAAUGAAAUUGGAGGAGAAAAGAAGACUCCUGGAAGAAGAAAUGAUUGCAUUCAAUGACAGAAAAGCUGCCGCAGAAAUAGUCCAAGGGAGGCCACUGCCCCCUACGCCCACUGUUGGGUAUAAAAAAGAUAAGGAUCGUAAAAAGGAUCAAGGUUUUCGGCUUGAGCUCCUGUGCUUUGAUGUCAGAGAUCAGGAAUUUGUGAAUAUACAGGAGGAGAGAGAGAAAGAGAGAUUAGAAAGGGAACGAGCCCACAGGGAGCACCAUGAAUAGAAUUUGGAAGCAGUUUGAAAACGUUAUAUGGUUAAGCGUUGGCUUUAUGUGAAAGAAGAAUAAAUACAAGAAUAAAUUCUUCACAGUUCUCUAUGAAGAAACUUGGGUCACCUUCCCCCAUUUUAAUGCAAGUUAACUUGAAAACUGACUCCUGUUUAACAAAGGGAAAAGUAUAUUAAAGUGUAUAAUUAGUAUCACAUAAUGUACUGUAGGUUGUUGUAUUAAAAAAUAUAAAAUGACAGUUCUUUUAAGCUAUUGAUGUGUAUUUAAACUCUACACCUGUGGCUAAGCUGUACUCACUUUAAGUGCUGUACCUAAGAUCACUGUGCCACAGAAGAAUUUUUAUUUGUGUUAUGAAUACUCGUAGCAUAGAAAUGGUUAUAUAUUGCAACUGUUUUAAAGAACUGGUGCUUCUUGAAUGUGUUAACUACAUAUCAAUGAAUACCCCCAUUUGAAACAUUUAUUGAACUGAAUAAAAUAUGUAAACCUG